CGCCGAGGAUGAAUCGGGAGAAGAUGAUCCUGGCGACUCCGAAACCGGCACUUGAGAUGGCCUUCGUUAUGCUUGUGCUUCUUUUCGCAGUGAAUAGGUCAGCUGGUGCAGCAGAAUCACCUCCUCAGAGUUCCGCCUGGCCUGGCUGUCCGGACACAUGUGGCAAUUUGACAGACAUUCCGUAUCCUUUUGGAAUUGGACCCGGCUGCUUCUUGGAUCCUAGAUACGAGAUCGAUUGCCAGCGAACGCAUGCUCCGGUACUUAAGAAUUUGAGCGUGGCGGUGUUAGAUAUCUCGCUACCGAAUAGUUCGAAUUCCCCCGGCCUCAUUAAGGUCAGCCAACCCAUAUCGUACUCGCAACUUAAUUGUACGACUAACCAGCAAAACGCCGCCCCGGUGGACUUGAGGGCGAGUAACAGUGUCUUCAGGUACUCCCAAAGUCAAAAUUAUUUUGUCGCCGGAGGUUGUGACAGCCUGGCCUUGAUGGCCGGCAUCAACACUCCUUGGGCGGUUGUAGGAUGCAAGUCCUCCUGCGGCAUAAACGGGACUCUCGGAUUCAACCAAUGCUCUAGAGGUAUUGGUUGCUGUAUGACUUCAAUCCCGGAUGAAAUCAGCGAAUACAGCGUGGAAUUCAAAACUCUCUCUGGCGAAGCCAUAGCGCCGGAAGAUGCUGGAUGCAGGUACGCCUUCUUGGUGGACAGAACAUGGUGGUAUGAAGCUGAUUUACACCAUUUGCCGUCGGACGUUCCGGUGGUGCUUGAAUGGGCAAUCACCGACUAUGAGGAUGAGCUGCUGAGCAACCAAAAAAAUAGGCGCGGCAAUGACAGCUCGGCCUCCUGCCGCACGUACUCAACGCCCGGGGUUCCUAGCCUAACGUAUUGUUCAUGCAAUGAAGGCUACAGGGGGAAUUAUUUUCUUCCCCAGGGAUGCCAAGAUAUCAACGAAUGCGAAGAAGAUCCAAACCUCAACUGCCGGGGGAAGUGCGUGAAUCGACCGGGGUCAUACGACUGCGUUGACAACAAGAUCAUGGCCAUGAUAGGUAUGGGCACGGGUGUCGGAGACAUACUAUUGUUUUUCCUUUUCUGGUGGUUGUACAAAUUCAUCAAGAGAAGGCGUGAGGCAAAGCUCAGGCAAGACUUCUUCAAGCGUAAUGGCGGACUUCUGUUGCAACAACGCCUCUCUUCUAUCGAAGACAAUCACCUAGAGAAAGGCAAGCUAUUCACCUCAAUGGAAUUGGACGCCGCCACAGACCAUUUUAACGAGAACCGAAUACUGGGGCGGGGUGGUCAAGGAACUGUUUACAAGGGAAUGUUGAUAGAUGGAACGAUCAUCGCGGUCAAGAAUAAAUCCAAAGUUGUCGAUGCGGGACGAGUCGAACAGUUUGUCAAUGAGGUUGUUAUUCUCUCCGAAAUCAAUCACAGAAAUGUGGUCAAAUUAUUAGGAUUCUGUCCGGAGAGUGAAGCACCUCUACUGGUAUAUGAAUAUGUCUCCAAUGGAACUCUCUACCAACAUCUUCAUGAUCCAAAUCGAGAAUUUCCCGUUGCAUGGGAGAUGCGGUUAAGAAUUGCCAAUGAAGUUGCCGGGGCUCUUUCGUAUUUGCACUUUGCUUCUGCCAUACCAGUUUAUCAUCGGGAUAUUAAGUCGUCAAACAUACUUUUGGACGAAAGAUAUGGAGCCAAAGUGGCAGAUUUUGGAGCUUCCAAAUCAAUUACCAUUGACCAAACUCACUUGACCACAAUGGUGAGAGGAACUUUUGGAUACUUGGACCCGGAGUACUACCAAACAAGUCGAUUUUCGAACAAGAGUGAUGUCUAUAGCUUUGGGGUUGUCCUUGUCGAGCUACUAACCGGAGAAAAGCCAAUUUCUCAAGGGAUGGCGGAAGAUGGUAGAAAUCUGGCCAUGUACUUUGUCAUUUCGAUGGAGGAGAACCGCUUGUUCAAUAUUCUCGAUAAGGAGGUAUUAGACCAUGGCGAGAAAGAAGUAAUCAUUGCAGUGUCUAACUUGGCAAAAAUAUGCUUAAACCCUCAUGGAAGGUACAGGCCUUCAAUGAAGGAAGUGGCCAUGGAAUUGGAGCGAGUACGAUCACUACAAAAUUCCAUGGUCGUCCGGCAAAAAGAAGAAGAGAUCGAUCGCAGAAAUGGAUCUAACCGUGCUUCGGGUGCGGUUUCCACAUUGAUCCUAUCAAAAGCAGAUGUAGAGCUGACUUCAUGGGAGGAGGAUCAAUCAUUCUCUUAUGAUUUGCCGAGAUGA